AUGGACACCUAUUUCUUGUUACCACUCCUUGGAGUAUUCAUUUUCUUAUAUUUUGUUUUCAAAAAUAAAAACUCUACAUGUAAAAAACAUGCUCCUGAACCAGCUGGUGCAUGGCCAAUUAUAGGCCAUCUUCACUUACUAGGCGGCGCAGAACAACUUCUGUAUCGGACACUCGGAGCCAUGGCUGACAAUUAUGGUCCAGCAUUUAACCUAAGAUUAGGCAGUCGUCGAGCUUUUGUGGUGAGCAGUUGGGAAAUGGCAAAAGAAUGUUUUACUUUAAAUGACAAAGCUUUGGCUAGCCGUCCUACAACUGUUGCUGCUAAACACAUGGGUUAUGGUUAUGCAGUAUUUGGGUUUGCACCUUAUAGCACUUUCUGGCGUGAGAUGAGAAAAAUUGCUAUGUAUGAACUUCUUUCGAAUCGGAGACUUGAUACUCUUAAGCAUGUUCAAGUAUCAGAAGUGGAGAUGGGGAUCCAAGAGCUGUACAAAUUGUGGGUCAACAACAACUCUGGCCACAGGCCGGUGCUUGUGGAACUCAAAAGGUGGUUUGAGGAUUUAACUUUGAACGUAAUUGUUAGAAUGGUUGCUGGAAAGCGUUAUUUUGGUGCAGGAGCAACAUGUGAUGAUAAUGAAGCUAGACGUUGUCAAAAGGCAAUAAAUCAAUUCUUUCAUUUGAUUGGAAUUUUUGUACCAUCUGAUGCUUUUCCAAUUCUUGGGUGGUUUGAUAUAAAAGGGCAUGAAAAGGCUAUGAAAAGAACAGCUAAAGAGCUUGAUUCUAUACUUGAAGGCUGGCUACAAGAACACCGUGACAAGACAAAAUUUAGUCAUGAGGCUAAGAAUGAAGGUGCACAAGAUUUCAUUGAUGUUAUGUUAUCACUUCAAGAAGAAGGGAGACUCUCUAAUUUUCAAUAUGAUGCUGAUACAAGUAUCAAGUCCACUUGCUUGGCGCUUAUUCUUGGAGGCAGCGACACAACAGCAGGAACACUAACAUGGGCAAUUUCAUUACUCCUAAACAAUCCUGAAAUAUUGAGAAAAGCACAAGAAGAAAUAGAUCUUCAUGUUGGUAAAGACAGACAAAUUGACGAAUCCGACAUACAAAACUUAGCCUAUAUUCAAGCCAUUAUUAAAGAAACAUUACGUUUAUACCCUGCUGGUCCUCUAUUAGGACCUAGAGAAGCCAUGGAUGAAUGUGAAGUUGGUGGCUAUAAAAUUACCCCUGGAACUCGUUUAAUAGUAAAUGUAUGGAAAAUACAAAGAGAUCCAAGAAUUUGGGAAGAUCCUGAUUCUUUUAAACCAGACAGAUUUUUUAUGAGUAAUUCAAAUGUUGAUGUAAAAGGCCAAGAUUUUGAGCUCAUUCCGUUUGGUUCUGGUAGACGAUCUUGUCCUGGUGUAUCUUUGGCGCUACAAGUUCUUCAUUUGACAUUGGCACGUUUUCUUCAGGCUUUCGAGUUUUCUAAGCCUGUAGACGAUCAACUUAUUGACUUGACGGAGAGCCCUGGUUUAACUAUACCUAAAGCAACACCAUUGGAUGUUCUCAUUAUUCCGCGCCUCAGUGCCAAUCUUUAUGGCUGUUGAUGCAUCCAUCGUAUUUGCCUAAUUUCCUUCAUUAACAACAGAUACAAGCAGAAAAAUUUUAUUUUGUUGCCUCACGCAACUGACACUAGUUGUAUGAGAAUCUUUUUUUGUCUCACAAUUGUG